AUCUUUGCUGUUUUUCGAGGUCUUGCCGUAGAAACUCGUAGCAGAUGAGGAUGGAUGCUUCCAGAAUCUUGAUGCCGUGCAACGGAGGGGUUGCCUGUUGGAAAAUGAUGUUUCUGCGUCACUAUAAGCCCGAAACCAAUUGCUUUUCCCACAUAGUCUUUCUUUUCUUCUCUCAUCUCCCCCCCUCGUCCGCCGGUUACGCACUACGCUCUUUCGAAAAUUCCCUCUCUCUUUAGGCAUACGCCCUCGUAUAUAAACCCGACGUAUUCUUGGCUGUCUAAGAGCCAACGACCUAUCGUAGCCCUCCUUCACGUUCGUUAACAAUGCGGCCGUCAUCCCAGCUCACUUUGCUUGCUCUUGCAUCCUCGGUCUUUGCAUCCCACGGGUUCAAAAGACAUUUCAGGAGGUCAUCUGACUUGCGUGCGCGCUCUGAAACUGCUCUCGCCUACUAUGGGUAUCAAAACAGCACCUUGACUGCGUGCGGUGUAUAUUCCAAUGAUACAGAUUAUAUCAUUGGUUUGGGUACAGAUUAUGUGACUUGGGACAACAAGGAUAACUGUUUCAAACAUGUUACUGUUUCUCUCAGGGAUGAUCCUUCUACGUCUGUCGAUGUUACGGUUACAGAUGCUUGCAAAGAUUGUGGUGAUUCGGCCAACGUAUAUCUUUCUGUGGCUGCAUUUGAAGCCUUGUCAGAAUUGACAACCGGUGUUUUGAAUGUUACGUGGUCAUUCGAUGAUGACUCUGCUUCGACGAGUUCUCAAGCCGUAGCAACAACAUCCACUGAAGAUGCGACUACGAUACAGACAACGACGUCUGCAGCAGCCACGACAACUGAAGCAACCACAACAUAUGCAGCAACCACAACAUAUGCAACAACCACCGACAACACCUACUAUGCCACCACCUCCUCGUCGACAUCGUCUUCUGCUUCCUCUACCUCGACUUCAUCGAGUGGUAAUGUCGGCACUUCGUACACUACAUCUACGGAUGGUUGGACACUUCAGACCGCGUUGAAAGGCCAAAGUUUGAUCGACUAUUUCCACUACGACGUCGAGGCCGCUGACAAUGAAGGAGUCGCGAACUACGUAGAUGGAACCUCAGAAGGUCUCGUUUAUCUUGAUGGUAAUGAGAACGUGAUCAUUGCUAUCGAUACAACUGAAACUGUGUCAUCUCUUCGUAACUCCGUCCGGAUGGUUUCAACUACCACUUUCAAUCCCGGCUACUUGUUCCUGUUUGAUAUCGCGGAGAUUCCUGCAGCUUGCGGAACCUGGCCUGCUGUCUGGUUCACUGGUUCCAAUUGGCCAGAUGAUGGUGAAAUUGAUGUCGUUGAAGGCGUCAACUACUACACCAAGAACAUCGUUUCCAUUCACUCCGGUUCCGGAUGCACUAUGUCUGACUGGACAUUGUCAUCUCUUGUUCAAGCUUCCUUGGUUGUGGAGGGUGAUAGCAACUGUGAUGCCUACGUGUCUACGACUGGCUGUGGCUGUUCUCUCGAUUCCACGAGUUCCUUCGGUCUUCCAUUCAACGAAGCUGAUGGUGGUGUAUACGGUCUCGAGUUCACUGAGUCCGGCAUUAACCUGUACUUCUGGAACACCGGAAGCGUUCCUGAUGAUAUCGUCGCCGGAACUCCCAACCCCACAACCUGGGAUGCUGUCGUACAAUAUGCCGCCUCCUCCUGUGACCCCGACUCGCACUUCAAGGACCUCAUGAUGGUCAUCAACACCAACCUCGGUGGUACCUUUGCUGGCGAUAAUAUCUGGUCUACUGACAACGCUGGAGGUCAAGGCAGCAGCUGUGCGACAAUCACUGGAAACAGUGAUUCUUCAAACUACAUUCUUAACACCGGUUCCGCUUAUACUGAUGUUCACUUCUCCUUCCGUGGAAUUUACAUUUACACUCAAUAGUUUGCUCACGACUGGUGGAGAAUUCCUCCCCAAAAUCCUGGUGAUACAUGGGGAUUCUGCAUUCUAUUUGUUUGUUUCCCUCCUGUCUCAUUGCCUUUUGUCUUGGUUACCUUCUCCUUCACUAUUGUGCACUGCUGCAAUUCUUUGGGUGUCCAUAGACACUUAUUUCGUGGUUGUGGAUGAAGUAAUGAACUUGAUGUCUCAUUUAUACCCCUCACUCCUUACAUUACUACAAUAGACGGUUCAUUUGGUGCGCAUACCUUGGUUAUUCAACGCAGUUUUUCGCAGUGCGUAUAUAGCAUUAUUAUAGAGAAUACAUUGGUGUCGACUACCAACAACAGCAACAUAUGACUACC